AUGCAUAUCCUUAGUUGCCUACCUCUUCUCCUGAGUUCCGUCUCUGCCCUUGCCUUCCCCGGCGCCGAAGGUUUCGGUCGCAACGCCGUCGGCGGCCGCAACGGAAAAGUCUACGUCGUAAACAACCUGAACGACACUGGCGCUGGGUCUCUACGCGAUGCAUUAUCCCAGCCCGAUCGCAUCAUUGUCUUCUCUGUCGGCGGCCUGAUCAAGAUCAAAGACCGCAUGGUAGUCUCCAAGCGCAUUUCUAUUCUCGGGCAAACAGCACCGGGUGAUGGCAUCACCGUGUACGGCAACGGAUGGUCGUUCUCCAAUGCUGAUGAUGCAGUCGUACGCUACAUUCGCAUUCGCAUGGGAAAAGGUGGCGCGAGCGGCAAAGACGCCAUCACAAUUGCAGAAGGCGCGAAUAUGAUCUUCGACCAUGUAAGCGUGUCAUGGGGCCGGGACGAAACGUUUUCAAUCAGCGGGAGUGAAGUCGGGAACAUCACGAUCCAAAACAGCAUCAUUGGGCAGGGUCUGGAGACGCAUUCGUGUGGCGGGCUGAUGCAGACGAAUGUCGGACAGGGCCUCUCGCUGUUCAGAAACUUGUACAUCGACAACAAGACGCGGAAUCCAAAGGUCAAGGGCUCAAACGACUUCACCAACAACGUUGUGUACAAUUGGGGUGGAGGCGGCGCGUAUAUUGCGGGCGACAGCGAGGGCGCGAGCGAGGCGAAUAUCGUGGGAAAUUACUUCGUCUCCGGACCAAGUUCGAGCGUGCCGGCGUUUACGAGGGGGAAUGCGAAUUUCAAGGCGUAUGUUGAGAGCAACAUCUACGACUCUGACAAGGAUGGAAAGCUGGGCGGGACAACACUAGAAGCCUCGUCGGCGAACUACGGAGGCGUGGCGAUACAGAAGACGAAGUAUGCUCACCCAGCACCGGAGAAGAUCCUGCCAGCUUCAGAUGCGCUGAUGUUGGCGGUGAAGCUUGUUGGUGCAAGUCUUGUUCGGGAUGCGGUGGACAAGCAGUUGAUCACUGAGCUGCAGAGUUUUGGCAAGUUGGGGCAGCUGAUGACUGAUGAGAAUGCGAGCCCUAUGAAUGGGCCGGGCACGAUUGCUGGAGGAACGAGCUGGGUGGAUGCAAAUGGUAACGGAAUACCAGAUGAUGUGGAAAGCAAAUUCAAGACGGUAGAGGACUGGGCGAACAGUUUAGUACCAAGCACUUACUGA